GGCGGUAGUUACGAUAUCAGUGCUCGACACCGAUAGCUGCUCCGUUUACUAAUCGAUCAUUCCGGGUGUCGGGAGUCGGUGCAAAGUAGAUGCAAGUUGGUGUGCCUAUUUGAGAGAACGCAUACUGCACAAGGGGAUACUUGGAAGUAAAAGAAGUGUUUCUAAGAUAUGCGGGUGUGUGAAAAUAACUGUUGCUCCUGUAUAAGCAACCCGUGAUACAGGUGUUUAGUACAAGAUGCUAAUUUGAAUUGUGUCAUGAAAAAUGUUGGAAAUCAACGAGAGCAACUCAACGGAACGAAAUACCAUUUGAAACUUUCAAGGAUAUCUUCACUUUGUUACUACACUGUGCCGAAUAAUUAUGAUUAUGAUGAGAUAACAAACGCAGAAUGAAAUACAGUGGUAGUAACCUUCUUGGUUAUGCAGUUUACGCGUUUAUUCUAUUUUUUAAUGUUAUUCAUGCAGAAAGUGGUGUUACCUGCAAAGAUCAACAAGGACGAUCUUAUGAAAAUACUUUUAUAUACAUUCCUGGUCCAGAACCUUGUACAUUAUGUGUAUGUGAUAAUGGCAAUCCAAAAUGGUGUAAAGCACUUGUUUGCAAGUAUGCAGAGGAAUAUUGUAAAUCUUCCCGGCAUAUUUGUUGUCAAUAUAUUUGUUUGGAUGAUACAUUAUUAUCUAUACCAAAUGAUAAAACUGAUGGGAUUGGUAGCAAUACCACUGAUGCUACUACAAAUUAUGAUAUAGGACUACGAUCUGUUGCUAGCUUUGUAACAGCUGUAUUGUCAUUAAGUUUAUUAUUUUUUUUAAUACAUCGAUUACGCCAAAGAAAGAUACGAGUUUGUGUGGCAGGAAGGCAGAACAGACAGUUAGCAGAGGACCAAAGAAAUUUAGGUAGUAUGGGAUAUUUAGACCGAGAUGGAUUAUCACAUGGUGUUCCUAUGGAUGACAUUCCAUGUGGAGCUAGUUACCCAUUAUGGAAACCACCUAAUAAUUACUUUCCUCGUGGCGAAGCUCCACCACCUUAUGAAGAGGCAGUAGCAGCAGCACGAGCAGAACAAGCUCUUUUAUCAAUGAAUCCACAAACACUUCCACAACUAAGUUUUCCAAAUACCUAUUUACCAAAUACUAAUAGUCGUACAAGUAUAUCAUUAGUAGGGAGUACGCAAAGUGGCAUAAAUGGUAAUUCAUCGACAUUAAUUUGUGACAAUGGUAUAACAGAUCAAAGUGGCUUAAUCUCAACACCAAGUAGACCAAUAUCAAAUCCAAAUAUAUAUUCUAGUUAUCAUCAAUCGAAUCAAAAUGAAACAUUAUCUCCAAGUGUUAGUGUAGGAACUUCAACGACGAGUUUUACAAUGGGAACAAGUACUUAUGAGAAUUUACCUACUCCCAUUGGAAUUCCAAACUUUGUUAAUCAGCGUCCUAAUGUAACUGUGCAACCUUUACCUAAUAUGCAAUCUACUAUUCCAAAAAGUUAUCAAACACAUACUACUCUCCCUCGUCAAACUGGAGCAUUUACAAUAUCUGCAACUUUACCAAAUUCUAGUGUAACUGCUCAUCGUACAAUUCCUAGAACUUUGACAACUCGUACUGGUGCAAAGUUACAAGAUAUUAUAAAUGAUUGCACUCAGAAGGAAUUUUUACGACCUACAAUAACAACCGAUCUUACGACUCCGAAUUUACCACAUUCCACGCAACAAAAUGCUAUGAUUAAAUUAGAAAAUACAAGAGAAAAUGCAAAUACAUUUUCUGAAGAUAUACAAAUACAGCCUUCUCCUGCAUCUUCUUCAGGAUUGCAACAAAUUGAAAGACAACCUUUGGAUCAUAAAAUAGAUAUAAAAUCUCAUGAUUUUAAGCCACCAUUGAAUAUAGCUAAUGAUAUUAAUGAAGAAGGAAGCUUUGAAUCAGUAGCAUGCACUUGUAGCAUGCAAGCUCUUUCUACUCUUCACGAUGAUACAGACGAUUAUAGAAGCGAAUGUGAAAAUUGUAAAAGCGCAACAGGUUCUCGUUAUUAUUUAGAUAACGAAGAUGAAUUGAUUACUUCUCCUCAUGAAACUAUGACAUUACAUAGAAGACCAGAUGAAACAGCUUCAAAUACUACCCCUCAAUAUUAUAGAACUUCACUCACACUGCCUAUAAGUACCCGUCAACGAACAAGGAGCACCGGCGUUCGAGAAAAUUGGUUCAACCCUAUGCCACAAAGUUCUACAGAAUCUUCAGAUGAAAAUUAAUUGCAGUUAUAUGUUUCCCAUAUAUCAUAUAAUUAUUAAGAUGAUUUAUAAUAUACUAUCAAUGAUCAAAAUUCA